UGUCAGCUGGACAGACACCCUCCCCAGCUCCUGGAAACCACAGGGCUGCCUCUUGGUGUCUGCUCCAGUGCUUCCUGUCCCCUGCAGCUUCUUACGGAUUCCCUCUCUUGGGUUUUAUUUGGUCGUUUUUGUGUUUCUUCGUUUCCUCUGGGGUGGGAGGAGGGCUCAUGUAGCCAGAAUAACGCAGGCCUUCAGAUUUGGAGCAGCCAUCUUCACCUGAGGGGCCAUCUUGCCAGCCCUGGGUCUCUCUUGACAUUGGUCACUGGGUUUCCAGGCCAUCUGAGUCAUCGAGAAUCUCAUAUCAAAAAUGUGAAACUUAGUUGGGUACAGUAUCGCAUGUCUUUAGUCCCAGCAUGAGGGCAGAGGGCAGAGGCAUGCCCGGGGAGUUCCAGGACAGCCGGGGCUCUUGAAAGACUAAACAAACAAACAGACCAAAUCCAGCUUAAACUGGGUCAGCAAGGGACUGGAGAGCCAGCUCAGCAGUUAAGAGCACUGGCUGCUCUUCCAGAGGUCCUGAGUUCAAUUCCCAGCAACCACAUGGUGGCUCACAACCAUCUGUAAUGAGAUCUGGCACUGUAUCCUGGAAAGUGUAUAUAUAAUAAAUAAUUAAAAAAAAAAAAAACUGGGUCAGCAAGAUGGCUCAGUGGUUAAAGGCGUGUGCUGCCAAGACUCACAACCUCAGAUGAACCCCCAGAAACCACAUAGUAGAAGAAAACUGACCCCACAAAUUGUCCUCUGAUCUCUACAGCCAUAUCCUGGCACAAUAACACCCCCACAAAUACACACUCAUAAAAAUCAAUGUCAAAAGAACCUUAAUUUAGCCUGUCUACUUAAGGUCACCAUCCCAGGUCUGAGGAACAGGAAGUGACCUUGAUUUAUGAAGACCUCAUUCAGCCAACGUUGGGGUCUCACCCUAACCUUCUAGCACUCUGGGGUGCUGAGCAUGGUUGGAGUGACCAAGCCUAGAUGCAGCUCUGCCCCACAGGCUCCCAGGGACCAGCCAUCACACUGCCCAUUGUGUCAUCACAGCCCAGAGCAGUGGCCCCGGCCCUGCCUGUGGUCACUGCUGAGGAAGAGCCUGGACAGGAGACAUGCCUGUGGAGGUGUGGGGCCACAGGCAGUUCUAGCCAGGGCCAACCAGAGGGGCCGCUGCCCUACCAUCCCCAGAGGCCGUGUGAGCUUCAGUGGGGCCCUGUGAGGGGAGCUGGAGAGGGACCUCCGAGGGUGUUCACAGACCACGGCCCUGUGACAGGACCCAGGAGACAGACCCAGCCUGCAGAUGGCCCUAAGAGGAACUGCCUGACGGCAGCCAGGCCUUUGAAGGAGACUGUGGAGAGCUGUGGGAGGGAGCUCAGCCCAAGACCACUGAGGGGGUGCGUGAGGCAGAGCCUGAGGGGGCUUGCGAGGACCCCUGGGAAGACACUCUCAGAAGGAGCCCUAGGGGCUCCCAGGACUUGGAAGAGACACCUCCAGGUCCCUGCGAGAAGGCAGAUGAGGGGUGAGGUGCGGGAGACCCGGCGGAGGCAUGAGAGGCGCUUGGUGGAGGUGGACAGCAGCCGGCAGCAGGAGUACGACUUCAAGAUGGCGCAGGCCCUGGAGGAGCUGCGCAGCCAGCAUGAUGAGCAAGUGCGGUUGUAUCGGCUAGAGCUGGAGCAGACCUACCAGGCCAAGCUGGACAAUGCCAAGCUGAGCUCGGACCAGAAUGACAAGGCGGCUAGUGCGGCCCGUGAGGAGCUCAAGGAAGCCCGCAUGCGCAUGGAAUCCCUCAGCUACCAGCUCUCAGGCCUCCAAAAGAAGGCCAGCGCUGCAGAGGACAGGAUCCGCGAGCUGGAGGAGGCCGUGGCUGGGGAGCGUGACAAAUUCCGCAAGAUGCUGGACGCCAAGGAGCAGGAGAUGACGGAGGUGCGCAACGCCAUGCAGCAGCAGCUGGCUGAGUACCAGGAGCUGCUGGACAUCAAGCUGGCCCUGGACAUGGAGAUCAGCGCCUACCGCAAGCUACUGGAGGGCGAGGAGGAGAGACUGAAACUGUCCCCUAGCCCGUCUUCCCGGGUCACCAUCUCUCAAGCCACGUCAAGCAGCAGCAGCAGCAGCGGGGUUGGCAUGUCUGUGGGGCGGGGCCGGGGCAAGCGCCGACGGCUGGAGACUGAGGACACCCAGGGUUCACGCAGCAGUGCCUCGGGCGUGGGCGUGGGCAGUGGCUCCCGCCUGGCACAGCAGGCCGCAGUCACAGGUGUUGUGAGCAUUGACGAGGUGGACCUGGAGGGCAGGUUCGUGCGACUCAAGAACUCCUCGGACAAAGACCAGUCUUUAGGGAACUGGAGGAUCAAGAGACAGGUCCUGGAGGGUGAAGACAUCGCCUACAAGUUCACGCCCAAGUACGUCUUGCGGGCCGGCCAGACAGUCACGGUGUGGGCAGCUGGCUCAGGGGUCACCCACAGUCCCCCAUCAACCCUUGUGUGGAAAAGCCAGAGCAGCUGGGGCUCUGGGGAGAGCUUCCGCACUGUGCUGGUCAACGCAGAUGGAGAGGAGGUGGCUGUGCAGGCCGUGAAGCAGGCAUCUGUUCCGGUGAGCGAGAAUGGGGAGGAGGAGGAAGAGGAGGCCGAAUUCGGUGAGGAAGACCUUUUCCACCAGCAGGGGGACCCAAGGACUACCUCAAGGGGUUGCCGGCUGAUGUGAGACCUGCCCCACGGUCACCAAGGUCUCCACAAAAGUCCCUGAAAUUAUUUUUUAUAGUCAGCUCUCAUAGUCCUUGGUCCAUUUCUAGAUGACUGUUGAGCGGCCGUGAGAAUGUGGGGGGCUCUCCCUGCAGGCUUCACCCCUCCUGUGUCACCUGGUUGAUAUAGAGGCCUGGGUCAGAAGCCUGCAGGCUGAGGGCCUUGGGCCUGUGGCCGAUGCGGGAGGGUCAGGAGCAUGGCUGCCUGUUGAGGGUGGACCUUGUGAUGCUACAGUGAUUCACUAGUUGAGUUUUCUUUGAAGCUUUUUAAAUCAAAUCAAAUCAAAUCAGGUUGCAGAGGGCUGUGGUGAUCACCAGCAGCCUAUCAGAAGUCGGUAGCUCUUCAGACACAGGGCAGUCCCUCUACUCCUGGGGUUGGUCAGAGGGGCUCCAGCUCUGCCCUGAGCCAGCCUCAGGGCAUCGGGUCCCUUCUAAAGGUGAGGACCAAGAAGGAGGAAAUCCAUACAGGAUUGCCACUCCAGUAGACCAAAGGGGACAGAUGAUGGAUGCCCCAGCCAGUGUCUACUCACACGAGUGUGGCCAAACCAGCUGUGUUCAUAGUCCCACGUGUACACACACUGCAUGGCCCCUCUGUGCCCCCCACCCUGCUGGCUUGGCCUGGAUGCUUGCUGUGGCAGAACAUAGUUCCACAAGCUCCUGGUGCCAGCUGUCACCUGUCACCUUCACUUCCCCAUCACAGACACACGGUAUUUUUUUAACGGAUAUUUAUUUUUUUACAUUAGCAAUGCAGCUCACUGGGACGCUGCUCUGGGGGUUUUCAGGCCCAAGGCUGCCAGGAAUGGAGAUCACUGAAGUUCAGCUUUCUUGACUGAGCCGCGGGGAGUGGGGUGUGUGUGUUUGUGUGUGUGCUGGCUGUCUGCUGGCACAGCAGGUGGUAGCAGUAGUUCAGGCCCAGACUCCCCAAGGCAAGAUCUCUAGGCCACAGGAUGCCACUGCUGCCCCCGACCCCUCAGAAGAUAGCUCCAUUUUCUUUGUGACACGUGUGGGAUCCCGGACUGUGUGUCUAGUUGGUUUCAGGAGUGUGGGCAGGCUGCGGUCUCCACGCAGCUGCACCUGCCCAGGUGCCCUCUGCUGCACCCGGCUGGAGCUGUCUUCCAUCUGUUUGCCAGCUGGGCUGGAGUAACCCUCAACCCCACAGGGGUCCUGUUUUGGCGCCAGCAGGCGAGGCAGUUACAGGGGUGGCACUGCGGCUGGGGAGCAGCCUGCACUACGCACAUCGCUCAGCUUUACAGGUUCUGUUUCUUUUCUAAGAUGCAUGCCAAACAUGUGUUUCGCCUUUUUCUUCCCCCUCCUAUCAUUUGUAAUAUUCAUUUUACGACUGGAAACUUUUGUACACUCAAAUAAAAAUUUUGAUUUUAACCACA